AUGCGAUUCAUAACUUGUAUCAAGGGUUUAUACACAGAGAAGAUUGCCCAUAGAGUGUUACAUGGCCAGUUUGUAAAUCCAAAGGGAGGAGAAGGAUCCAGUUAUGCAAAUGACUUAAAAAUGGAACACCUGGUUGGAGACAACAAGGUCUCUCUUAGGGGACUGUGUGGAAACAAAACGCUGAAAGCUGUCCAAAGAUGUUCUGCUGCAGCAUAUGGUCUUAAAGAAUGUUGCACCCAGUAUGACGAUGAGUGUGGCAUACACCCAGAGUCAACCAAGCACACUCAUGCUUGUACCACGCAAGAUGUCAACGCAAUGUUAACUAUCGUGCAACAGGCUAGACCUUUUCAGUACCAAAAAGGUAGAACACUUCAUUCAUUUCCAAAUGUAACAAAGAGUCCUCUUGACCAGUUGGAUGUAGCACUGCUUAACACCUGGCUGACAAACCACAAGCGCAAGCUUUUUUCUGGUGUCCAUGACCGCAAUGAGGAAGACAAUGAUGAGGAGGAUUAA